AUGGACAACAUCUCGGAGAUUCUAGAGGCCAUUUAUAUUGGUGCAGUUGUUGCAACUUUCCUUUUCAACACUGGACGUAUUAUAAAAGCAGUAGACAUCUUUAACGAAUGUUUGGUGCUCCUUAACGGUAAAGCCCUAGAGACAAUCAAAGAACUUACCACACCACGUCUUAUCUAUGUAUACCACAAACUUCUGGAAGGCUAUAUUCGUGUGUACGAUCACACCUGUGCGAUAGAAUGUGGUAAAAAGCUUCUAGUGAUACUACACAGUAGUGGCAAAAAAGAAGAAGAAGGGAUGACAUUACUUAAACUAGCGAACAUCUACUAUCAAAGAAGCAAAUACGAGGAAGCAAAACAGUUUUACGAGAAGGCACUCAGCAUCAUGAUUGAGGCUGGAAAUAAUCGCAGAGUUGGAACGUGUUACGGAAAUCUAGGAGCUGUGUUUCAAUCUCUUGGUCAAUAUACCAAGGCUGAAGAAUACCUUCAAAAAGCAUUAGUGAUCAGGAAAGAAAUCGGUGACAAACGAGGAGAAGCAUCACAUUAUGGAAAUCUAGGAACUGUGUUUUUUUCUGUUGGUCUGUAUACCAAGGCUGAAGAAUACCUCCAAAAAGCACUAGUGAUCAGGAAAGAAAUCGGUGACAUAAAAGGAGAAGCAGUAGAUUACGGAGAGCUAGGAAUUGUGUUUCAUUCCGUUGGUCAAUAUACCAAGGCUGAAGAAUACCUUCAGAAAGCACUAAUGAUCAAGAAACAAAUCGGUGACAAACAAGGAGAAGGAUCUGCUUACGGAAAUCUAGGAACUGUGUUUCUAUCUGUUGGUCAAUAUACCAAGGCUGAAGAAUACCUUCAAACAGCACUAGUGAUCAAGAAAGAAAUCGGUGACAAAGAAGGAGAAGCAUCUACUUACGCAAAUCUAGGAAGUGUGUUUAGAUCUGUUGGUCAAUAUACCAAGGCUGAAGAAUACCUUCAGAAAGCACUAACGAUCAGGAAAGAAAUCGGUGACAAAGAAGGAGAAGCAUCUGAUUACGGAAAUCUAGGAACUGUGUUUCAAUCUGUUGGUCAAUAUACCAAGGCUGAAGAAUACCUUCAAAAAGCACUAGUGAUCAGGAAAGAAAUUGGUGACAAAAAAGGAGAAGCAGUCGAUUACGGAAAUCUAGGAGCUGUGUUUCAAUCUGUUGGUCAAUAUACCAAGGCUGAAGAAUACCUUCAAAAAGCACUAGUGAUCAGGAAAGAAAUUGGUGACAAAAAAGGAGAAGCAGCAGAUUAUGAAAAACUAGGAACUGUGUUUAAAUCUGGUGGUCGAUAUACCAAGGCUGAAGAAUACCUUCAGAAAGCACUAAUGAUCAAGAAACAAAUCGGUGACAAACAAGGAGAAGGAUCUGCUUACGGAAAUCUAGGUGCUGUGUUUCAAUCUGUUGGUCAAUAUAACAGGGCUGAAGAAUACCUUCAAAAAGCACUAGUGAUCAGGAAAGAAAUUGGUGACAAAAAUGGAGAAGCAGCAGAUUACGGAAAUCUAGGAGCUGUCUUUAAAUCUGUUGGUCAAUAUACCAAGGCUGAAGAAUACCUUAAAAAAGCACUAGUGAUCAAGAAAGAAAUCGGUGACAAAGAAGGAGAAGCAACGGGUUAUGGAAAUCUAGGAGCUGUGUUUCAAUCUGUUGGUCAAUAUACCAAGGCUGAGGAAUGCCUUCAAAAAGCACUAGUGAUCAGGAAAGAAAUCGGUGACAAACAAGGAGAAGCAGUCGAUUACGGAAAUCUAGGAACUGUGUUUAGAUCUGUUGGUCAAUAUACCAAGGCUGAGGAAUACCUUCAAAAAGCACUCGUGAUCAGGAAAGAAAUCGGUGACAAAGAAGGAGAAGCAUGUGCUUACGGAAAUCUAGGAACUGUGUUUCGAUUUGUUGGUCAAUAUACCAAGGCUGAAGAAUGCCUUCAAAAAGCACUAGUGAUCAGGAAAGAAAUCGGUGACAAAAAAGGAGAAGCAGUCGAUUACGGAAAGCUAGGAACUGUGUUUCUUUCUGUUGGUCAAUAUACCAAGGCUGAAGAAUACCUUCAAAAAGCGCUAGUCAUCAGGAAAGAAAUCGGUGACAAACAAGGAGAAGCAGUCGAUUACGGAAAUCUAGGAACUGUGUUUCAAUCUGUUGGUCAAUAUACCAAGGCUGAAGAAUACCUUCAAAAAGCACUAGUCAUCAAACAAGAAAUCGGAGACAAAGCUGGUGUUGGAGCUUCAUACUUAAAUCUGGCAAAACUUUGUCCAGAAUUUCAACUUACUGCAAAGAGUCAAGAAUUUGCUAAUAAAGCACUUGAGAUAAGUUACGAAAUAGGGGACAUUGAAAUGCAGUUUCACAGCCACCUUACCAUUGCUCUGAACGAGUUAAAAGCAGGAGGAAGCAUAACUGAACUUCUGCGAAAUCUGUAUGACAGCAUUCUGAAGUGCGAAGAAAUGCAUGACUUUUUAAGAGUGAAAGAUCAAUUCAAAAUUUCUUUUUUUGAUAUGCAUGUGUGCGCUUACCGUUUUCUUUGUAGGUUUGCAAUUGCUACAGGCAGUUAUUAUACAGCUCUUUACGUUGCCGAGCUUGGACGAUCCAGAGCACUAACAGACGUACUUUCAGAGAAGUACUCUGUGGAAAAAGGGGUAUCAGUCAACCCACAGUCAUGGAUUGGUAUUGAGAACAUUAUGAACAAAAAUGCCCUUAGUUCUUGUCUUUAUGUUUCCUGCUUCGAUGAUGAUAUGUUUUUUUGGAUCCUCAAGCCAAACAAAAUGAUAGUUUUUCGACAAACGAGACUCAAAGAAAGGGCAGAUAAAGUGUUUGAAAAUCAGACAUUUGGUGGGUCUCUUGAUUUACGUCAAGAGCAAUGCGAAGAUCGAUCAUUAUUUUCAUGUGUAAGUUCCCCGCUAUCAUGCAAACAAUCUCAGAGUGACAGCUUCGAAUCUUCGCGUCUUAUCGAAGAAGAGGAAGACGAAAAUCACGACUCUAAACCUUUAACCCUUGCUGAUGGUUACAACAUGAUAGUCGCUCCUGUAGCUGACUUACUCCAAGAAUCAGAAAUCAUUAUUAUACCGGAUAACUUGUUGUAUCCUAUUCCUUUUGCUGCUUUAAAGGAUGGUAAUGGAAAGUAUUUAUCGGAUACUUUCAGGAUUCGCAUUGUCCCUUCCUUGACGACUCUUAAGUUGAUUCAGCUCAGUCCAGCAGACUACCAUAGUAAAACCGGUGCACUGAUCGUAGGAGAGCCAGACGUUAGUGAUGUAUACUACCGAGGAAAAAUUCUACAGUUAAACUCACUGCCUUGGGCGAGAAAGGAAGCAGAGAUGAUUGGGCGA